AGCGAUCAUGGCGUUGAUCAGAUCCGUGGCCGGCGUCAACUUGAGGUACUGCGUUCCUCAACGUCUCGGUGCCUUCUCUUCCUCUCUUCUCAGCCGGAAAUCUAGCAGGCUGACCUUCCGGGCCGCGUCCAACUCGCACCUUGAGGAGAAAAAUGGAGGGUGCGAAGAAAGAGAGGCAAAGGAGAAAGCGAAGGAAGCCGCGGAGAGGGGCAAGGAGGCAGUGAAGGAAGGGAAAGAGAAGGCUCAGGGGAAGGGCCGAGAGACCAUGGAGGAGGCGAAGAUGCGGGCGGAGGAGGCGAAGGCCGAGGGAUCGGAGACGGUGGAGCAGGCGAACGAGCGAACGUCGGAGGCGGCGGAUGCUGCGAGAGAGAAAGGAUCGGAAGUAGCGGAGAAGGCGAAGCAGAAGACGGGGGAGGCGACGGAACGGCUGUCGGAGAUGGCGGACAGGACGAAGGAGGGGUUGAAGGAGGGCAAGGACAGCACGAAGGAGACGGUGCAGGAGAGCAUGGACGCGGCGAAGAGGCGUGCGGACGAGGCCGGGAGGUCUGCGUCGGAGACGGCGGCUAGGGGGAGGGAGAGGGCGUCGUCUGCUGCCGAGGCUGUGAGGGACAAGGCGUGGGAGACGGCGGAAAGCGCGGAGAAGAAGACCAGGGAGGGGGCACAGAACCUCGGGGAGAAGGCGAAGCAGGGGGCUCAGAGCGCGUGGGAGGCGGCGAAGGGAGCGACAGAGAAGAUCAAGGAGACCAUCGUGGGGAAGGGGGAGGAGGCGAAGGAGCAAGCCGACGAGGCGGGUGAGGAAGCAAGGCGACGUGCUCAGAGGGAGAGGAUUGAUACAGACUACAGUGGAAACUAGGACCUCUCUUUCUCUUUCUCCUUCUCUUUCUCUUUCUCUUUCCCUCCCCUCGACCGUCGGCUUUUGCAUGCAUGAAUGAGUUCAUAGUUUUGAUGAGCUUUUGUUGGUACUAUUCUUCUCUGCCUCAGAAUCGGACGACGAACGACGUAGAUUUUCAUCUCAACUUCCCUGUUUGAAGACAGAGAGAACCGAGUGCUUUUAAAAUGUUCAGUGUUUUAGG